AGAUCACUACUCUGUACUAUGCAGCAAAUAAUUCAGUUGUGACCAUCCACUUCGUAUCUCUUUAUCAUUUUUAUUGGAUAUUUACUUUGUGUUCUUGAAUUGUUCAACCACUUUUUAUUUAAAGUUAAAUAAGAGCAACUUUUCUUCUUCAACUUAAAUAUCAACAUUUUUAAAGGGUAUUUUGGUCAAAAUUUUCUUGUUUUCUUGAAAAUCUUUCGAUUUUUUUUUUGGAACGAUGAUAAAUAUGAUAGCAAUUUUUGGUAUUGUGAUAUUGGCACUAAUUUAUAGGGCAAUUAUUCCACCAUCACCAAAGAUUUGUGGUUCACCAAAUGGACCUUUAAUUACAGCACCAAGAGUUAAGCUUUCUGAUGGGAGAUAUUUGGCUUAUAAAGAAAAUGGUGUUCCUAGAGAUCAAGCAAAACACAAAUUUGUUUUCAUUCAUGGCUUUGAUUGUGUUAGACAUGAUGUUGCUUUGCUCACCACUAUUUCACCUGAGCUUAUGCAAAGUUUGGGAAUAUAUAUUGUGUCAAUUGAUAGACCUGGUUAUGGUGAAAGUGAUCCUCAUCCUAAAAGAACACCAAAAACCUUAGCUCUUGAUAUAGAGGAAUUAGUUGAUCAAUUGGAUUUGGGACCUAAAUUUUAUGUCAUGGGAUUUUCUAUGGGUGGACAAGCUGUUUGGGGCCUUCUCAAGUAUAUUCCUCACAGAUUGGCUGGAGCAAUUCUUCUAACACCUGUGACUAACUACUGGUGGGGUAGUUUUCCUGCAAACUUAACUAAACAAGCAUACUACGAACAGCUCGUGCAGGAUCAAUGGACGUUACGAAUUGCACACUAUUUUCCAUGGCUGACUUACUGGUGGAACACUCAAAAGUUGUUUCCUUCUUCCAGCGUUGCAACGUUCAGUGAGGAUAUUCUCUUCGAGCAAGACAGAGUUCUAAUGCCUAUCUUUGAUUCGUAUCAGAGUCAAUGUCGGGAUCUGGUAAGACAACAAGGUGAGUAUGAGUCAAUCCACCGCGACAUAAUGAUAGGGUUCGGGACAUGGGAAUUUGAUCCAAUGGAACUAGAAAACCCUUUCCCUAAUGGGGAAGGCUCCGUUCACAUAUGGCAAGGUGAUGAAGACGGGCAUGUACCAGUCAAACUACAACGAUUCAUCGCGAAGAAACUACCAUGGAUUCACUAUCAUGAAGGCCCUCCUGUUACAUCUCCUAGAAUUAAACUUAGCGAUGGACGAUACUUAGCUUACAAAGAACAUGGUGUACCAAGAGAUCAAGCAAAACAUAAGAUUGUGUUCAUCCACGGAUAUGAUUCUAACAGACACGAUGCUGUUGUUGCAACUGGUCUCUCUCCGGAGGUUAUUGAAAGCUUGGGAGUAUACAUUGUUUCAAUUGAUAGACCUGGUUAUGGAGAAAGUGAUCCUAAUCCGAAACGAACAGUAAAGAGCUUGGCGUUUGAUAUACAAGAAUUUGCUGAUCAAUUAGGACUGGGGUCCAAAUUCUACGUCAUUGGAUUUUCGAUGGGAGGACAAGCUGUUUGGACCUUGCUCAAAUAUAUUCCUCACAGAUUGGCUGGAGCAGCUCUUCUAGCACCUGUUACCAACUACUGGUGGCCUAACUUCCCCGCGAACUUGUCCAAAGAAGCGUUCAGCCAUCAGCUACCUCAGGAUAUAUGGAAUCUUCGCGUUGCUCACUACCUUCCGUGGCUUACAUACUGGUGGAACACUCAGAAGUUUUUCCCUGCUUGUAGUGCUGCUGCUUACAACCCCGGUGCUCUUUCGUCCCAGGACCUAGAACUAAUGCCCAAGUAUCGCGCCAACAGAGAUCUUUAUGCUCAGGUGAGACAACAGGGACAACACGAGUCACUCUAUCGCGACCUUAUGAUUGGGUUCGGGACAUGGGAAUUUGACCCUGUGGAUUUGGAAAAUCCAUUUCCUAACAAAGAAGGUUCAGUACAGUUGUGGCAAGGGGACGAGGACAAGCUCGUCCCUGUAACUCUACAACGAUACAUUGCUCAACGACAACCAUGGAUUCAAUAUCAUGAAAUCGCGGGGGCUGGUCAUAUGUUUCCAGUUCUUGAUGGAAUGGCAGACAAAAUUGUGAAAGCUCUUUUGAUCGGAGAGAAAAAUGUAUCGUAAGAGUUGCUUACACUA